GAAAUAGCACGAGCAGCCAGACUACUGCAAAGCUUGCCAAGGUCUAACGUUAUUCUGUGAUGUUGCACUGGAAUGAGGAAGUGGAGUGGAGAGGGGUGGGACUCGUACCACAGCUUCAUCCCGCUGCGCUUCUCAAACCACCACAUGGAGAAACUGCACUGGACUGGAACAGCUGUCUACAGCUUGCCCAAGGAAGAGCAGAUAACAAGAAAGAAAUGGAAAGUGACGAGGCACAGGACAUGACCCAACUAUCAGGAAACCAAAGUCCUGCAACAAGUGAGGGUUUGGAUGAUGCAGAUGAACCAAUGCCUGUCCCUGAAGAUCUAUCAACUAAUGCUAUAUCUCAACAUAAUUCUAAGAAUGAAAAAUCUGUUGCUGUACGUGAGACAGAGCGCAUUAGGGGUUUGCACGCAUUUAUUUUUAAAAGUUUUUCCACUGAUAAUAUCAAACUAGAGAGUCAAAGUGAUGAAGAGAAUGGACGUACCUGUGAAAUAAAUGGCGAGGAAUGUGCAGAGGAUUUACGAAUGCGUGAUGCAACUGGGGAGAAAAUGAAUGUUACAGCGAAUGGACAAGGUUCCAAAGCCUUGACAGGAGCUGGAGGUAUUCGACUUCCUAACGGAAAACUAAAAUGUGAUAUCUGUGGGAUAAUAUGCAUCGGCCCCAAUGUGCUCAUGGUACACAAAAGAAGCCACACUGGAGAACGCCCAUUUCAGUGUAAUCAAUGUGGUGCAUCUUUUACACAGAAAGGCAAUCUGUUACGCCACAUCAAGUUACACUCUGGUGAAAAACCUUUUAAGUGUCACUUAUGUAACUAUGCUUGCAGACGCAGGGAUGCACUCACUGGUCAUCUCAGGACACAUUCUGUAGGCAAACCUCAUAAGUGUGGAUACUGUGGUCGCAGUUACAAACAGAGGAGCUCCUUGGAAGAACACAAAGAACGAUGCCACAACUAUUUACAAAGCAUGGGUCUGCAAAAUAAUCUUUAUUCAGUAGUAAAAGAAGAAAUCAGUCAGACUGAAAUGGCAGAAGACUUGUCCAAGCUUGGUUCUGAGAGAUCUUUUGUGCUGGACAGACUUGCAAGUAACGUAGCCAAACGUAAGAGCUGUAUGCCUCAGAAAUUUGUUGGUGAAAAACAGUUGACAGAUGCCCCAUUUGAGGCUAAUGCCAGCUAUGACAAAGAAAAUGAGAUGAUGCAGACCCAUGUCAUGGACCAAGCAAUCAAUAAUGCUAUCACCUAUCUUGGAGCAGAGGCACUUCGUCCAUUAGUGCAGACUCCAUCUAGUGGCUCAGAUGUGGUGCCUGCAAUUAGCGCAAUGUUUACACUGCAUAAACCCCAUUCAGAUAUUUCCUCUCAUCCUAAUCAGGCUGCUCAUGAAAAUGCAGUGGAAAACUUGCUCCUGCUUUCCCAGGUUAAAUCUAUGUCUUCUGAAAGAGAAGUUUCCCCAAACAAUAGCUGCCAAGACUCAACAGACACAGAAAGCAACAAUGAAGAUCGAGGAGGACUUAUCUACUUGACCAAUCACAUGAACCCUCAUCCCAGAAAUGGCUUUUCCCUUAAAGACCACAGAUCAUAUGAUACACUUAGAGCUGGAAGUGUCAAUUCCCAGGAAGCUUUCAAAGUGAUCAGUGGCAAUGGCGAGACUGUGAAGGUUCACAAGUGUGAGCAUUGCCGAGUUUUGUUUUUGGACCAUGUGAUGUACACCAUCCACAUGGGCUGCCAUGGCUUUCGUGAUCCAUUUGAGUGCAACAUGUGUGGCUACCAGAGCCAAGAUCGAUAUGAGUUUUCUUCACAUAUUACACGUGGGGAACACCGUUUCAGUAUGGGUUAAACAAUAUUUGACCACAACACAAAAUUAUGCUGAUCCAAUGCCGAACCUACUACAUGUCAACAAAAGAAGCACAAAAACCUAACCUGUUAUUUUACUUUUUCAAUCCACUUUAUAAUUUAAAAAAAUACUGGCUACAAUAACUAAAAUUACUUACCUGGGAGGCACAAAUUUUUAUUAAUUUUUUAUUGAUGGUGCCCAGUUUUAGUGCAUCACAGUAUUUUGGAAAACUUUUGGAGAUCCUUUGUACUGGCCUUUUGUGAACAUUGUAUCAUUAUUCAUAGCAUCUUCAUAUUCUAUAGCAUCUUGGUACGACUUAACAAUAUUAAUUUUCAUGAUUCAUAUUUAUGCUUAAAACUGACAGUGGUACAGCAUACUUUGCAUUAUAUGUCAAUGUUUAGCUUUAUUUUUGUAUAUUUACAUGCAUUCAUAGCAGGACUGUAAUUUCUAUAGGGCAAAAAGAGAAGCUGCUCUGAGCAGCUCAAGGUAAGGGGCACUCUUGACCAUUCUGGUGGCAAUGCCACCUUCUUGUGCUCCCCCGGGUUUGGGAAGUGGAUGAGGUAUCAGCAUAGGACACUAACUCUUACCUUUCCCCGAUGCCUAGUUAGGGUUCUCACUCGCAGUUGUUUUCUUGAGUUUCUAGUCUGGUUUACUAAAUUAUCAAGUGUAAUAUACACUAAAUGGACAAAAGUAUUGGGGAAUCUGACCAUAACACCAACAGGGACUUUUAUGAUGUUGCAUUCUAAAUACAUAGACAUUUGUUUGUAGUUGUUCUUAUAUAUUCUGCAACUAUAACAGCUUUCACUCUUCUGGGAAGGCUUCUAAAAAGAUUUUUGGAGUGUUUCUGUGAGAAGUUCAGCUCAUUCAUCCAGUAGAGCAUUUGUGAGGUCGGGAACUGAUGUUGGACGAGAAGGCCUGGCUUGCAGUCUUCAUUCAAGAUUGGAGUUCAGUGGGGUUGAGGUCAGGGCUCAGUGCGGGCCAGUCAAGUUCUUCCACACCAAACUAAUCCAACCAUGUUUUUAUGGACUGUUUUGUGGGCUGGGGCACAUCCAUGUUGGAAUAGAGAAGGGCCUUCCCUAAACUGUUCCCUCAAAGUUGGAAGCAUAACAUUGUCCCAAAUUUCUUAGUAUGCCGAAGCAUUAAGGUUUACCUUCAUUGGAAGUGAGGGGCCUAGCCAACCCGUGAAACACAGCCCCAUACAAUUAACCCUCCUUCACCAAAUUUUACAGUUGACACACAGUCAGACAGGUAACGUUCACCUGUUGUCCUCCAAACCCAGACCCACCAAUCAGACUACCAGAGAAAUAUGAUUCAUCACUCCACAUAAA